ACUAAUAUUGGACCCUUUUCAACAUCAUCAGCCCCCCUUAUUUUUUCUCUUCCAUUCAUUAUUAUUGCUUUUAUUCCCAGUUUCCUCUAUCAAAUUUCUCUUCCUAAAAUCUUUCAAAAAUUACAACAAACUAAGCAUAACUCAAUUCUUGAAAAUGGGUAUACCAAGAAAUGGUGUUGGAGUUGAUAUGUUAAGUGAAAGAGCAAAAAUAAUGAGAGAUUCAUUGCAAAAAAGUCAGUCAAUUACAGACAAUGUUGUUAACAUUUUAGGUUCAUUUGAUCAUCGUUUAUCUGCUCUUGAAACUGCUAUGCGUCCCACACAGAUAAGGACUCAUGCUAUUAGGAUAGCUCAUGGAAACAUUGAUAAGACUUUAAAGGCUGCUGAGGUUAUACUGUCCCAAUUUGAUAUUUCUCGUCAGGCGGAAGUUAAAAUACUUAAAGGGCCACAUGAGGACAUAGAAAAUUAUCUUCAAGCAAUUGAACAACUGAGAAACAAUAUUCGCUUCUUCAGCAACAACAAAAGCUUCAAGAGUAGCGAUGGAGUGCUCAAUCACGCUAAUAGUUUGCUGUCCAAGGCUAUUUCAAAGCUCGAAGAGGAGUUUAAGCAGCUCUUGUUAUCUUAUAGUACACCCAUUGAACCUGAUCGGCUGUUCGAGUGUCUCCCAAAUUCAAUGCGACCUUCGUCAUCACCUGGACACCAGGAACCUAGUGGUAAGAGUCGUCACAGUAAUGCUGAACAAAAUGGUGCCGAAAAUGCUGUCUACACACCCCCAACUCUUAUACCUCCAAGAAUCCUGCCUUUACUGCAUGAUUUAGCACAACAGAUGGUUCAAGCUGGUCAUCAACAGCAAUUUGUAAAAAUAUACAGGGAAACACGUUCUCCCGUACUGGAAGAAAGUCUUCACAAUUUGGGAGUAGAAAAACUUAGCAAAGAUGAUGUUCAGAAGAUGCAAUGGGAAGUUUUGGAAGCUAAAAUUGGAAAUUGGAUUCAUUUUAUGCGAAUUGCUGUCAAACUGUUAUUUGCUGGGGAACGUAAGGUGUGUGAUCAAAUUCUUGAAGGAUUUGAUUCACUCAAUGACCAAUGUUUUGCUGAAGUUACUACUGCGAGUGUUGCAAUGUUGCUUAGUUUUGGUGAUGCAAUUGCAAAAAGCAAAAGAUCACCUGAGAAGUUAUUUGUGCUUCUGGAUAUGUAUGAAAUAAUGCGGGAACUUCAUUCAGAGAUUGAAUCACUUUUCAGAGGUAAAGCUUGCAAUGAAAUUCUGGAAUCUGCCUUUGGUUUGACAAAGCAACUUGCCCAGACAGCCCAAGAAACCUUUAGUGAUUUUGAAGAAGCAGUUGAGAAAGACGCAACUAAAACUGCUGUCUCAGAUGGAACUGUCCAUCCCUUAACCAGCUAUGUGAUUAAUUAUGUGAAGUUCCUGUUUGAUUAUCAAUCAACGUUGAAACAACUAUUCCAAGAAUUUGAAAAUGGAGGAGAUUCUCAGCUAGCUACUGUUACAAUGCGUAUAAUGCAGGCUCUUCAAACCAAUUUGGAUGGGAAAUCUAAGCAGUACAAGGAUACUGCUCUGACUCACUUGUUCCUUAUGAACAAUAUUCACUAUAUGGUCAGAUCUGUGCGCAGGUCCGAAGCCAAAGAUUUAUUAGGGGAUGACUGGGUACAAAGACACCGGAGAGUUGUACAGCAACAUGCAAAUCAAUAUAAAAGAAUUGCUUGGGCGAAGGUAUUGCUCAUUCAGCUUUUUCCUCUUUCCGAUUCUCUGCCUCAAGAAAAUGAGAAAAAAUAGGGGGGAGGGGAUCAA